AUGAGACGCAUACGUGCUGUGAAGUCACAGGCGAAAAAAGAAAUGGACGAUCGUGCUAUGAGAGCGUACCUCCGUGGGCGAAGCUCACACGAUGAUGAUAAGUGGUCUUGGGGUGUUGUGCGCGCAAGCAGUCGCAGACGGAACUCUACAUUUCUUGCGGCCAACACAUCUUUGUUGGGCAGUUCGACAAUGAAUGGUUAUCAG